UGCCCCGCCCCUUCACUGCCUGCUUGCACGUCGCGCAAAAAAACAGCAGCGGCGCGCGGCCGUUGGGGGAAGAGAGUAAAUAGAGAGAGAAGCCUCAAGAUGGCUGACUCGCUGGGCUCCGCUCACCUCACCGGAGCUGCUACUGCGGUAGCCCCGGCGGUCGCCUCCGCCAAAAGCCCGCUCGUCAAGCCGACCGAGGCGAAGGGAGCCCCUGACAACCGCUCUCAGUCUUCCCGGGAUUUCAACCCGCCGCCGCCCAAAAAGGUCCGAGUCGAGGAGAGGAGCGUUAAAGCCAAGAAACUGAGCAGGGAAGGAGGAGUGGGAGGCAGAGAGAAACUCCAGCAGCCCACCAGGCAGCGGAGUUACGGCGGCAGCAGCCCGGGCUUGUGGAGCUUCAGCCCGGGUAAGACGAGCGGCAACAACCCUCCGGUGCCUGGAUCCCAACCACCGACAAACACGCAUAAAGUCUUCAAACAGAGCGAUUUCUUCCUCCACAAAGCGCCUUCCUCUUCCAAAGCCAAGAAACCGAGUAAAGAUAAACAGCGGGAGAAGGAGAAGGAGAGGGAGAAGGGGAAAGGAGGCGGAGAGGAGAAAAAGAAACAUAAACUGUUGGUGACCUCCGGACUCGGGAGUAACGUUAGUAAUAACAACAACAACGAUAUCAGCAGAAUUAAUAACACUUCUGCAGUGAAGAGAGAAAAUGGGGAGGUCAUGUUGCCACCCAAAGAGCACUCCAACAAGGCGAAAGAGAGAGACCGAGAGGAGAGGGAGGAGAAGAAGAAGGUCAAAGACAGAGAGAGAGAAAAGGAGAAGAAGAAGCACAAAGUGAUAAACGAGAUCAAGAGGGAGAACGGAGAAGUCAAGCAGCCGAUUAAAGAUGAAAAAGAAAAGGCCAAGAUCAACUCAGAGGAGUUGCAAAUCAAAAAAGUGAAGAAGAAAAAGAAGAAGAAACACAAAGAGGGGGAGAAGCACAAACGAGUGAAGAUGUACCACCGCUCCUGCCAAACCGUUUGCGCCGGCCUGCUUCUCCUCCCUCCGUCCUCUCCACCUCCCACCUCUUCCUCCUCAUCCUCUGAUCCCACUCAUAACUCCUCCCUGUCUCCAUUUAAGUCCCCUCUACCUGUUUACCCUAACAACAAAACCACAGUCUCGCCUUCCUCUCCAGUUGCCCCCAAAUCGCUCUUUAACUGCGCUCUCCUCGACUCUCUGAACCCAAACGUCAAACACCAGCCGCGGGGCGAGUAUCCUGGCCUGGCGGGCCUGGAGUUUGCCCCAUACAUACACAUAGAGGACCAGCCUAACGGCGGGGCCCUGGUGGCCCACGCCUACACCUCCCAGCUCUCCUCUCUCUCCACGGGACAGAGGGAGAGAUUUGCCCAGGAGUUUGUCACCCUGUCUUUCAGUGAGGACUCAUCCCAGGCAGCUCAUUACGUCAUGGGAAUUGUCCACGGAGAAGCCAGCUACUUGCCCGACUUCUUGGACUACUUCUCAACCAACUUCCCAUCAGCUCCAGUCAAAAUGGAAAUACUGGGAAAGAAGGACAUAGAAACCACGACUAUGGUUAAUUUCUACUCUCAGGUGAAGAAAACAUACAGUAAUGGAACAUACAGAGCCGGGGCAAUGAGACAGAUCAGCCUGGUGGGAGCCGUGGAUGAGGAGGUCGGGGAUUAUUUCCCAGAAUUCCUCGGCAUGCUGGAGGAGUCGCCCUUCCUGAAGCGGACUCUCCCAUGGGGAACGCUCUCCAGUCUGAGGCUGAUGGAUCCCACGGAGAGUGACGACGGUCCUAUAAUGUGGGUCAGACCGGGAGAACAGAUGAUACCUGUAGCUGAUAUACCAAAGUCCCCUUUUAAGAGAAAACGCUCCACCAACGAGGUGAAGAACCUGCUCCAGUCGCUGCCCAGGACCAGCGAGCCCAGAGAGAUGCUGUUUGAGGAUCGGACUCGGGCCCACGCUGAUCACAUCGGUCAGGGCUUUGAGCGACAGACAACAGCAGCCGUGGGGGUGCUGAAGGCUGUGCGGGCCGGAGAAAGCCCGGAUCCUCCUCUUGUAACCAAAGACGUCGUGUGUUUCCAUGCUGGUGAUUUCCCUCAUGUGGUUCAGAGGCUGCAGUUGGACUUAUACGAACCUCCGCUGUCUCAGUGUGUGCAGUGGGUGGAUGAUGCCAAACUGAACCAGCUGCGUCGUGAGGGCAUCCACUACGCCCGCAUCCGCCUCUGCCACGAUGACAUCUACUUUAUCCCCCGCAACGUGGUCCACCAGUUCAAGACCGUGUCGUCCGUCGCCAGCCUGGCAUGGCACGUCCGCUUAAGACAAUACCACCGUGGAGAGGGGGAGGAGCAGGAGGAGGUGAAGGAAGAGGAGGAGGAGGAGGAGGUCGAGUUAAAGGAAAAGGAGAGGAAAACCGUGGAGGAAAAAGGGGAGGAGAGGAGAGAAAAGAAGGGUGAGAAAGGAGCGAAGGAGAGGAUUAAGGAGGAGGACGAGGAGGUUGAUAAAAGGACGUUGCAAGCUGUCAAAAAGGAGGAGCAGGAUCCUCCUCUGUCUGUGGACUCAAACACGAGCAGAGACAAAGAGGUGGAGAGGCAGAGGGUGAAACCCAAACUGCAGGAUUCACCUCCCGCUAAGGUGAAAGCUGAACCUCCGGCGCCUCCUCUCUGCAAGAAUAAAUCACCCUCACCUCUCCCUCCUGCUCCUCGUCCUCCUCAUCAGGACACAAAACCCAAAGCAUCAAAGCACCUUCAUCAUCACCACCAUCACCAUCACUCCGACAGCAGAUUGACGUCUUCCAAAACUCCUAAAUCACCCAUCUCCAAGUCUUCCUCUUCUUUGUCAGCUGUUGCUCCUCUGUGCUCCUCUUCCACUGCACCCAGUUCCUCCUCUACCUCCUCUUCCUCUUCCUCUCUGUCCACAUCUUCCUCAGCGUCGACAUCUUCCCCGACUCCUCCCAAGCCCGCGGUGGACUCGCACGUCCCCGCUCCUACUUCCGCCACCUCCUCGACUCCCCGGCCGCCUUCCUCCUUUCAGCCGGACCGACAAAAAGAUUCACUUUGCCUGAAGCUGAGCGUCCCCUCAGACACACGGACGCGGGCGCAGCCGGACGUCCGAGCGCCCGCCGCAGAUUUACACGCCUCCGCGAGCUCGCAACCGGACACACGGACACACGCGGCGGCUCGGAUGGCGACAGAUUCACGGACACAAACGCUUCAAGAAAGAUGGACUCACAGCGUGGACGCCAGGAUGUCUAUGGAUCCGCCACAGGACAGCGCGAGGCAAGGAAUUUACAUGCAGCAAUACCCGCCCCAGCACCUCCCGCCUCCUCACCUCUCUCACAUGCUCUCCCCGUCUUUCCCCUCUCUCCUGCCACACUCCCACCUCCCUCACAGACCUCCCAUCCUCCCCCCGAAUCUGUCCAACCCCGCUCUCCCCGCGCAGCCGCUGAACUCUUAUCUCGGUCAGAAAGCGCCGCCACAUUCAGUCCACAUGAGUCACAUGCAUCCCCCGCACCAACCAAACAUCAGCACGCAGUCUCAGCCGUACUACCAGCCUCCGCUCAUCGCCGCCCCGCGUCCACCCAACCCCCCCCUCACCAGCUCCCAGCCCCUCCCCCCUCACCUGUCUCACCACCACCAGUUCGCCUCACACAACACCUUCUACCCCCCUCAGCACCCGCAUUUCCCCCCUCACCACUUCCUCCCCCCUCAGUCCUACCUCCCUCAACCGCCCGGCUCUUACCCGCUACCAUACCAGCCUCAGUCCUUCCCUCACCCGCCCCCCCCUCCUUCGUCCUCGCCGCCUCCUCCUCCUCCUUCUCUUCCACCUCCUCCCCCUCCUCAACCCUCCCCUUCGGUCCUUACUCCCCCAAAGCAUGAAGAGGAGCAGAUUUUAUAGGAGUUUUUGUACAUAACGAUGCUGUUUUUAAAUUACUGUAUAUGUUUUAUUUUGGUUGUGAUGUUGUAAAACGGUGUAAAAAGGAAAUAUGGAGGAAGACGGCGGAGUGUUUGGGUAUGAACACACAGUAUCGUAGUUUAUAAAGAAGCAGAGUUGAACUUUAUUUACCCCAGACGUCUUGACUGGACUGGUUUAGUUUGUACUGGAUGCUUUGGUCAGAAAUAUUGAAUAUUGAUUGCAUUUAUUGGUAGUUUUGGCCUUCAGUCACGUAUGGCUGCACCAGUUGUUAUUAUUCAGGCUCAAGGUUUGAGUGAGCGCCCUCGUCUGCCAAACUGCUGUCCGGUUCUGUUUUUUUGAAGUGAGCCGUCAGAGGUAGGAAGGAAAAGGUGUAUUUCUGCUUGGACAGACUUUGUGUCAGAUAUUUAUAUAAAAAAGGUCACGAUCAAUGAAGACCUUUUUGUGAAACUUGCAGCUAAUGCUUCCAUUUUUGUGGCUUUUUUUCUAGUAUAUUCUUUGUGCCCAAGACUGUUUCUGGAAUAAUGAUGGGUCAAAUCGUGAUAUUACACAAUACACUAUUCAAUUGAUGUGAUAUCACUACAUUUCAUUUACUCUACUAUAUUGUAUCGAUGGGUCCUAAUCGAUACGGUAUAUCACAGUACGUUUCCCUGAAAUUGUAUUUUGAGCAAUAAUGCUCCGCAAUAAUCAGCUGAAUAUAAAUAUAAAUGCAUUUGCCCAUUAUUGAUAUGGUGACAGCACAUAUCAGUAUUUUUAUUCUGAUUUUAAAGCUCUUGAUAAAAAAACAGUGAUGUCCUAUCGAAUCAUGUUUAUAAUCAGUGUUUUAAUGUCCAGGAAGAAUAUUAGCGCAGUUUUUAGUGCUACUAAACAAAAGAACCCCCCUCUCUUUUGCCACUUAUAAGUAUAGUAAGCUACAGUAUCGUCACAAAGAGAGUCACAAUUUUAAGAAGUAGUUUGAUAUCUUGGGAAAUGAGAAGAUUGAUACCACUUUUGUGUCUUUGCGGUAAUUUUGAAGCUGGAGCUAGCAGCCAGUUAGCUUACCUUAGCUUUGCGUAAGGACCGGGAAUAUAAAUAUUAUUAGACAACACAAUAUUACACAAUAUUAGACCUUUUGUUAUUUUAAUUACGUCCCACCUUGGCACGUUGUUGCCUUCUUUCUUGUCCUGACCCAGAUUGCGAAAUUUACUCUGAUCCUACAAUAAUUAUACACACAUAUAAUACAGGAUUCACGAAAAAAUUAUAUGACAUGUAACCCCCUAAAAAAACCACAACUUGUAAGUUUUACUCUUUCAUGUUGUUUGGAAAGCAACCACUUUUUGCAUUUAAAAAAUGGGAACAGCAAAAAUGCAAAACAUGCCCCACAAAAUAAAAGAAAUUCAAAAUAUUUGUUGCAUGAGUGACAUUAAAUUUCGCUGUUACCGUCACAUCAAGGCUGCACUACUGGUAAUUUGAAUACCAGGAAUGCAGGGUGGGCACUACUGUAAAGUAUCAGAUAAAACACAAACAACAAUAAUACAGAACUGAACAUUUUGUCCUUAUAUGCCACAUUUUUAUUAUUUAGCAGAUGUAUAACUGCAGUGUCUUAUUACUAAACAUAUCUCGAUUACUCAAAAUAUAAGGUGACUUAAAAUGGCAACCAUUUUUUCAGUUUCACCAGCUAAAAGCUGAUGUCUGUAGGCCAGCCCUGCUUCAUAUUAACCAUAAGGACAAUGUAAGUGGUAACAAUCGUGCAAAAAAAACCAACCCUGUCAGCAUAUCUCCCAUAAUGUCAAACUACCCCUUAAAAGUACUGCAGAUAUGUUGUACCUCUAGCCCUCAACACCAGUGGCAGAGCUCUUAGUGUAAUCUUGCUGUGUUUUCAGUGUCUGUUGGACGUGUACCAGGGUCUCCUAAUUUUGGAAACGGAGCACUUGCUGUUCAGCCAAGGACAAAUUCGACCUCAGCCAAGGCUGCUGCACAGACCGGCCUUCAGUCUCAGGAAAAACAGGACACAAGUAUAUUGGUCUCCUAAAAAACAAUUCUAAAUCCUAAGUUAUUGUUCAGGGUCGUUGAAAUAUUCAAUCUGCAAUCUAUGCAGCUACAUUAAGAGCUCGCUAUGGUUUGAUCUCACAGCAUCUGGAUAAGAAUAACAGAGCAAUAUGACACAGAUGCAGAAGAUCAGCACUUCCCAAAUGUGACUCAUUACAGCACUUUGUUCCAUGGAUAAGUCCACUGCUGUUUAACUACAGCUGAUAUUAUUGGAGAUGCUAAUUAUGUCAGUGAUCAACAGGGCGAUUUCAGGUUCUUCCAAGACUAUUAAGUUAAUCAUUCAGGCGUCAUAUUUCUAUGAUACAGUUGUUUUUAUUGUUUAUUGACACAGAAGGUACACUGUUGAGAGUUCAUUCCCAAAGCACUAUUUAUCUAUUUAACUGAAGUCCAGUUUCUCUACAGUGUGGAGCAUCCUGUCUAUGAAAAUGUUUUAUUUAUCAACCAGGGACUGGAGUGACCUCUUGUGUUUUAAAAAGUACAGUAAAUUAUUGAAAUUCUGUUUUAGCGACGACUAUGAAAAUGUUUCUCCAAGUAUCAGAUUUUAGAAUCAAACUGUCUCACGUUGAUGUUGAAAACUUGAUUUUUUUUUUUUUUUUUCAUAUUGAUGUCUUGAUUUUACUAUCAAUAUUGGAGUACAGCCCACUUGCUAAUGUAGCCCACAACAUUUCCCCAGUGCCUGUCCUUAACUGUGAAAUGGUCCAGAGCCAUGUAGAGAAGAAGUUCUGUCCUUUCAUGGGAAUUUUAGAAGCCCCAGUUUUCACUCACUGGAAAAAAUGAGAGCAAAGCCUUAAAUUGGUCUCUGAAGCCACUGAAAACUCUCCAAAUAUCUGCGGCGUGAGUUGGGAUGAGUCAAAUUUUGUGGCUCAGUGGGAUGAUGUCCUAAAAGCAGGGUUGUUUUUCAUGAUUAGUAUCCCCGCCAGCAUGGAAAACCCUGGAAAAUUCAACAUAAAUCUUCGGCUCUCUUGGUCAUUUUGCCUCUAAGGACUUAAUUUCAGAGACAGAACUCUUCACUUUGUGGCUUUGGGGAGAGCGAGGUGAUGAUAAAGCACUUGAUGCCAGUUGCAAGGCGCUCUGCAGCUCUUUUUAUGCUUUUUGGGUUUCAGAUGUUACAAAAAAACUGACAGGAACUUCUAUAUUUUUUGUACAAAUGUGACAAAAUUAUGGUUGAAAACAAAACGAGUCUUCAGGGGCUGGUGUUGUUUUCAGAGUUUAUUUAUCUCAAGUUUUUUUUUUCUAUUUUAUUUCUGUGAUUUUUAACUGUCAGCACUGUAGUGUACAUAAGAAGUUUUGUAAAGAGGAAAAAACUUGUAGUGUGGUUUCUACUUUAAAUAUGAGCCUAGCUAAUAAAAGGUUCAAUGUAUGGAAAA